GUUUGGUGAGAUUCCAGAAGAAAUUGGGAAUUUUGUCAACCUGGAAGUAUUGAUAAUGGAUCUCAACCAGCUUUCAGGUGUCAUCCCCUCAAAUUUGGGUAAUCUACGUAAUCUAUCGAGACUGGAAUUAAGUGAUAACAACCUAGGAGGGACCAUUCCAUCUUCUUUGGGAAAUCUAACCAAGUUGAUUGGACUAUACCUUGGUGGGAACAACUUUCGUGGGCAAAUUCCUUCACAUCUAUCAAACUGUCGGUCUCUUAAUUUGCUUGAUCUGUCCAGUAACAAUCUAGGUGGUGCCAUACCUCCACAGCUUAUAGGUCUCUCAUCAUUAACGAUCAUUUUGAACUUGUCUCACAACCAUCUGACUGGAGUUCUACCCACCGAAGUUGGCAACUUGAGAGCUUUGACUGCGCUGGAUAUUUCGGACAAUUUAUUGGUAGGUGAAAUCCCAAGAAGUUUAGGUGCUUGCACUGGAUUGACAUCACCGAGGUUGGGGGGCAACUUCUUCCAUGGGUCCAUUCCUCAAUCAAUCAGAUUGUUAGGAGGCAUUGAAGAACUAGAUCUAUCACACAAUAACUUGUCGGGUCGGAUUCCGGAAUUCUUAGCGGUACUUCGUUCCUUGAAACUUUUGAAUUUGUCAUACAAUAAGUUUGAAGGCAUGCUACCACGUGAAGGAGUCUUUAAGAAUGUUACUGGCACUUUUAUUAUUGGGAACGAUGAGCUCUGUGGUGGGCUGCCAGAAUUUCAUCUCCCCGAUUGCAUCUCCAAAAGCUCUAAGAGCAGAAAAAUCAAUAUAGUGAUAUUGUCCACUUGUAUUAUUUUCGGAGUUCUUGCUGUGGCUAUUGUUCUUGCUUUUAUAUAUCUUUGCUGGUUGAAGAAGAAAGUAAAUAAACCAGUUUCAAGUUCGAUAAAUAGUUUGUGUCCGAACAUAUCUUAUGGAGAACUCCUAACAGCAACAGACGGUUUUUCUUCAACAAAUUUGAUUGGUAUUGGAAGCUUUGGCUCUGUUUACAAGGGGAUACUCAAGGACAAUGGAAGUGUUGUUGCCGUGAAGGUGCUUCAUUUAAUCCGUCAUGGUGCUCUGAAGAGCUUUAUAGUGGAGUGCGAGUCAUUAAAAAACAUUAAACAUCGAAAUCUUUUGAAGAUAUUGACGGUUUGCUCAAGUACUGAUUAUCAAGGAAAUGACUUUAAGGCCUUAGUCUAUGAAUUCAUGGUCAAUGGAAGCCUGGAACAAUGGCUAUACCCAAGCGCAACAUCAUCUCACGGGAGUGAGCUUCCAAAAAAUUUGAACUUCAUUCAGAGGAUAAGUAUAGCUAUCGAUGUUGCUUCUGCACUAGAUUAUCUUCAUCACAGGAGCCACUUCCCAAUCCUUCAUUGCGAUCUGAAGCCAAGCAAUAUCCUCUUAGAUGCUGAGAUGGUAGCACAUCUUGGCGACUUUGGAUUGGCGAAAUUCCUUCUUGGAUCAUCCAUUGAUAUUAUAGCUAAUCGGAUAAGCUCGGUGGGUCUUAGAGGGACAAUUGGCUAUGCUCCACCAGAAUAUGCAAUGGGAUGCGAGGUCUCAAGAGAAGGCGAUGUCUAUAGUUACGGCAUUCUCUUGCUAGAAAUGUUCACAGGAUUGCGUCCCACCGACAAUAGAUUCGGAGACAAUUUGACACUCCAUAGUUUUGUCGCGGCAGCUUUGCUCGAACGAGUGUUAGAAGUAACGGAUCAGAUCUUGCUUCUAGGAAGAGAGUGUCAUUUUGACUCCGAUAGGCCUCAGCAUUGGUUUUGUCAAAGCAAUGUCAUAUUUCAAGAGUGUUUGGUUAUGAUAUAUAAUAUUGGAGUCGCUUGUUCCAAUGAAGUGCCUGGAAAACGGAUGAGCAUCAGCGGUGUUGCAAAUCAGCUGCAAAAGAUUAGGGAAAAACUCUUUGCAUUGGGUUUACAUGAACAAGAUGAGCUACCGCAGAUAUAUCCCUCUCAAAUUCCAGACCUUUCACUGGGAAGUCCGUUAUUCGUAUGAGGCACAUUUCCUGGGAAUUUUCCAGAGCUUGCAAGAGUUAGUGGUGUAUUGGCAGAUAGGAGCGUCCGCACGGUAGAUCUGAAAGCGCAACAUGUGAAGGAUGUCCCUGUUGACAGAGUAACGUUUGAUCUUGAAUACAUGCUCUUGGAUGAAUGAAGAUCUUGCAAACUGUAAAGUUUGCUAGUGGAGGUUUUGACUGGAUGACACUUUGCAGGAAGGGGACAUCUUUCGAAAAAUGAUGCCUCAUGCAAAUUUAGCUUUUUCGAGCUUGGAUCUUCAGAUGCAUGAAAUCAUUCUAACCAAAACAAUCAAAUUUGUUAAUUGUUAGCACCUGUUAUACCCAGAAUUCUCGUUAAGACAAUUUAGUUAAUAACAUUGGGUCAUACAGAAGUUUUCCGAAUUGGCCUCUCAAUUGGUUAAUUCAUAAUAUAAGUGCAUGCUAUGUUGCAGAAUGGCAGCAAGUCUUGAUUGGCAUCAUGACCAUUUUCAUGCUGCUGUUACUUUUAACUUGCAUACUUUUCAUGUGCUGUUACUUUCAGCUUACUUACAUUUUCAUGUGCUGUCUAAUUAUAGGGUGCAAAAAUGAGCAUACAAUCACAGGUUCCAUUGGAGUAUACGUGCAUGAUCUUACACGAAACUGUUUGUGAGAAAAUAACAUCUGGUAUUAUACUAGAGGUAUGAUUAAGCACUAUGUGACCUAGUAGUUUCAACCGUUGUCCUACUGGCUUGUACAGCUCCUGCAUCAGGCCAAAAAAAAAUGUUUUUGCUAAACCUGCUUUAAGUAAGUAUGACUCCGGCAGAACUCCUCAGUUUAAACAUUCGUCUCUAUAGUCUCUGCUGCGUAUCUUUGUACCUCUGUACUUUUUAUUGUAUGCUUACAGAGUGGUUUUUGGUAUCAUCUGGAAAACUUAGACUGCGUCUAGCAUUGCAGUUUUCAUUUCCAAUGACAACAGAAAGUGGUCAAAAUGAAUCGAGCAUCCCCUACUUUAGAAUUAAGGCAGCCCGAUGUUGUUUUCAUUGUUUGCAAGUGGAAGAGGAAGGAAAUUGAAAUUU